GAAGAGCCGGUCAGAGACCAAAACAGAGGCGCCCAACAUCCGACGACAUGAACCGGACAAUCGUCAUCUGCAGCCUGCUGGUCGCGAUGGUGGCCGCGUCCGCACUGGCCGCGCCCACCCAGGACGGCAUAAUCGUGGUGCAGCGGCGCGGACCUGCUCCGAAGAGCGGGCCAGCCCCAGACCCAGACCCAGUGCCCAGCGUCCCAGUCGAGAAAAAGCCGCGCGGACCUGCUCCGAAGAGCGGGCCAGCCCCAGACCCAGACCCAGUGCCCAGCGUCCCAGUCGAGAAAAAGCCGCGCGGACCUGCUCCGAAGAGCGGGCCAGCCCCAGACCCAGACCCAGUGCCCAGCGUCCCAGUCGAGAAAAAGCCGCGAGUUGUUGUAAUUCAAAUGAAACUCGGAUGAGCGGAGCAUGAGGCUGACUCAUGGAGGCACUUUGUCCUCCGCUCUCCGCGAGGUAGAGAGUCUUGGGAACUGUCUAAAAAAAAUACACGAAACAUAUGACGGUUGCA